AUGUCUGAUGAAGUGAUUAUUAAUCAACAAUUUUGUUCAUUUAAAUUGAAAACAACAAAAGAACAAAAUUUUUGUAGAAAUGAAUAUAAUGUUAGUGGGUUAUGUUCAAGACAAUCAUGUCCUUUAGCAAAUGCUAGAUAUGCCACAGUUAAAAACAUUGAUGGGAAAUUAUAUCUUUAUAUGAAGACUGCAGAAAGAGCUCAUACUCCUGCAAAAUUAUGGGAAAGAAUUAAAUUAUCAAAAAAUUAUUCAAAAGCUUUAGAACAAGUUGAUAAUCAUUUAUUAUAUUGGAAUAAAUUCUUGAUUCAUAAAUGUAAACAAAGAUUAACAAGAUUAACUCAAGUUGCAAUUACAGAACGUCGUUUAGCUUUGAGAGAUGAAGAAAGACAUUAUGUUGGUGUUAAACAUAAAGUUAAAAGAAGAGAAGAAAAUAGAGAAAGAAAAGCUCUUGCUGCUGCAAAGAUUGAAAAAGCAAUUGAAAAAGAAUUAUUAGAAAGAUUGAAAAGUGGUGCUUAUGGUGAUAAACCAUUAAAUGUUGAUGAAAAAAUAUGGAAGAAAGUUCUUGGUCAUGUUGAAGAUGAAGAAGGUAUUGAAGAAGAAGAAGAAGAAGAUUAUGAUAGUGAAUUGGAAGAUGAAGAAGAUGAUAGUGAUGUUGGUGAAAUUGAAUAUGUUGAAGAUGAUGGUGAUGAAGAUUUAGUUGAUGUUGAAGAUUUAGAAAGAUGGUUAGAUGGUAGUGAUAGUGAAGGUGAUAAUCAUAAAGAUCAAGAUGAUUCUGAUAGUGAUUCCGAUUCAAGUGAUGAAGAAGGUGAAAAGAAACGUAAAAGAAAACAACAACUUAAAGAUGAUAAGGCUAAAAGAAGACGUGCUAGAGUUGAAGUUGAAUAUGAAGAAGAACCUGCUCAACAACAACAAUUGGCAACAAAUUAG